CACUUGUCUGAUUUGCGAGGCAAGCACGUGAGCCGAUUAUGAUUACAUGCGAGUGCAGGCAGCCCAGUUGCAGUUGCAGUUGCAAUCAUGUCUGCCCCCUGCUGUUGCAGGUGCUUUUGGCUUGCUUCAAUCAAUUUGAACAUGCUGGGGCUGGCAAAUAUAAACAAACAAAACUUUGAUAUUAAAUUCUGAAAUAUUUUGCUUAAAUAUUUCCUGCUUUAUGUUUACUUUUAGCACAUUGCGGCCAGCCUUGAGCGGAUACGGAUGCGGAUGCGGAUGCGGAAGUCCGCACAGUUCUAGCUGUUGUGGCCAUGGCAGCCCAGCAGCGGUGAAAGUGUUGCCAGCAGCAGCAGCAGCAGCAGCAGCGACAGCAAUUCAAGCCGGAAAACGGAAAUCAGACUAAAGUGCGAGGCAACACGCGGGCGACUCAUAAAAUGUUCGACCCCUAAAAACAUAUAAACAAAAAACAUAAUGCCGCGGCAGCAGCAGUAGCACCAAGAGAGGAGCCAGCCAUUGAAAGGGAACGACACCGAAGGAUUUCUUUGCACCCAGAAGCACUCACAAGUGGGAGGGGGCGAGCGAAUUCUGUGAGCGACAAACGAUUCCCGGUCCAAACAAGACAAAAUGGCGGACCUGGAACGCAUACGUCUUGUGCUGCUGGGCGGUGCCGGUGUGGGCAAGAGCUCCAUUGUGAAGCGUUUCCUAUUUAAAAGCUACACAGACAAGUACCGCGCCACCGUCGAGGAUCUCUACAAUCGCGAGUACGACCUGGGCGGCGUUACGCUAAAGGUGGACAUUUUGGACACGUCCGGUGACAUGCAAUUCCCCGCCAUGCGACGCCUCUCCAUUGCCACCGCGCACGCUUUCAUGCUCGUCUAUGCCGCAACAUCAGCGCCCAGCUUUCAGUGUGUGAAGCAAUGCUUCGAGGAGAUACGAGAGCAGCGCGGUGACUUUCAGGACAUACCCAUUGUGAUUGCUGGUAACAAAGCCGAUCUGGCACCCACCCACAGAGAGGUCAAACAGGAGGAGGUGACAGAUUGGGUGUUCUGCGAGCUGCCGCGUUUAAGAGCCAAAGUGCUGGAGUGUUCGGCGAAGGAGGACAACAAUGUAACGGAGCUGUUCAAGUCGCUGCUCUCCCUGUCCCGCUACUUGCCCGCCAGCAGCGGCAGCAGCGGGUCCGGCAGCGCUGCGGCCGGCGAGGCGGCGCCCAGCGGUUUCAAGCGUCGCUCCUCCGCCUACGUCAGUGCCUCGUCCAGUCGCAACAAAAACCGCAUGAACAGUCCGGCAUUGGGCGCCGCUGGUGGCAGCUCCGAUAAGAAGCAAUCCGCGAGCCUCGUGGAUGCCGUCGAUGUGGCCAGCACCAGUGCGGAGGCAAAGCUGAAGCCGCGUUCCAGAUCCCUCAUUCGACGCGCCUCACGCAAGACCAAGCAGCAAAUCAACAAUGCCUCCGAUGACUGCAACGUGCAGUAAGCAUUUGGGGGCACACACAAAUUACGAUUAUGUAUUAUUUAUGAAGAGAACUUUGCUCAAAGGCAAACAAAAGCCAUUUAAGUGUAUGUGUGGAUAAUAGUUGUUGCCAAUUCGAUGAUUAUCAAAGUGCUGCCAGAGAUUAUCUGAUGCCACAGAGCAGACGAAUGUCUCUGGCCAAGUGGAGUUCCUGGCCAGUUCCUUUCUGUUGGCACAGUUGCACUCAGUUUUAAGGAGCAAAGGAGAGUGAAGACCGUUUCAGAAAAGUAUUUAUAGCCACUCCACAAGGAUAUUAAUUCCAAUUUUGAGUUAUUGGUUACUGCGGCGGACGGGGGAGGGACCUGCGACCUGCGACCUGCGACCUGCGACCUGGGACCAGUUUAUUUAUAUUUGAAAUUACUUUUGAUACGACUACAGAAUUGAGAUUUUCCAGCAAGGAGUUUCUUGUAAAUUGGGGGCGGAAUUGAAAUUUAAAUCAGCGGCGGGUUGCAAUUUAAAUGUAGGCUGUACGGACGGAUCACAGAGUUCCUUUUGUUGAUGAGAAAUUAAUGGCUCAGUCGUCAUCGUUGUUGUUGUUGUUAUGAGCCGUGAGCAGACCAAGUUUAAUGCGUUUUCCAUUGAUUUGUUUUUGUUAGGCCUGAUGCCCCCCCCCCCCCUUUUGAAAGGGUAUAACAACCUAAAGAUAAAGAUACAUAGCUCUAAGGCUAAUGCUAAAUGGAAUACAUAUACACAUCUACAUACUUACACACAUAGCCGACACUGUACUCAGUCAGUCAGUGUCUGAAGCGUUUCUCAAAAAUAAAUCGAAAUGUCUCACGGGGGAGUUGCAUUUGAAGGCCAAAAGGAAGCCGCAGGAGGGCAGCAAAUUCUCCUGGCAAAAAGCAAUUUUGUGGCACGUAACUGUAGAGUAAAUGAAGUGCGUUUGUUGGAGUCAUGUUUAUCAAGGAUUAUACAGGGUACACACACAAAAUAUCAACCUUGCCAUAGAGCACACUUUUUGGGUUUACAUUUUACUGUAAACAAAUCUGUUUUUAAUACGCAAAACUUUAGCCUGUAAAUUGUUUGCUGUGUCGCUUCUUUCUCUGGAAUUACGUAGCCAAUAGGAAUUAUUCGAGAGACUACAACAUAAACUCUUAGCUGGCAGGAGCCAAACUAAUGGAUUUGUACAUGAAAGGAAAUGAAAAGCAGAUGCAAAGUGAAUUGUGAUGACAUAGUGUAUACAUAGCAGACGAGUACAUAUGUACUUGUGUAGCCCUAUCUGCAUAUGUGUGAGUGCAGCAAAGUUGAUUGUUUAGACAUUUUAGUUCUGGAAUUCCCUUGUUCGUUUCGGUUCAUGCCGAAAAGUUAUUUAGUUUUAUAUACAAUUACGAUAUGCAUAGGUGUUCGUUUUAUAUACAUAUAUGUAUGUACUUUAUGUAAUACGGUUUAUACAUUGUUACUUGGUGUAGUUAAAUGAAACAAAUCUUAUCAAACUAUAGCUACGUACAUAUAUCAGUGAGCAGUUUCUUGGGAGCAAAGGGUACAAGUCAUAGGCGACCUCUUUUGGUGAUCGGCAACAAGCCAAAAGUGCCAUCACUAUCCAGCGCUUGUCUGCCUGUGAGAGCCGAGAGAGCGUGGUGAGUACACACACACACACACAUGCUGUAUUUGUCAACGUAAUUCGAUUGUUCUAUCAAUUAAAGUUAAGCCAACUAACUUGGAAAUCCAACUAUGUACUUACCAAAAGAGCAACCAAAAAAUACACUAAUUGUAAACUAAAAAUAACAGAGAACACAAACCAAACAAAUAUGAAGAUACAAGCAAAAUAACUUUCUAGGUGUGCGUACUGUAUGUGUAUCACUGUCAUGUACUUUGUAGACUAAUUGAAUUUCAAUUCAAAUUGAAUUAUUGACAAUUGUAUUAGCCCGUUCGAAAAUAAACCACAAAUACGUCCCAAUGCGGCCUCCUGUCUAUAGUGUUUGAUUCCAUUGCAUAAUAAAUUUAAUUCCGCAUUCUGUGUCCGGAUGGGGACUAAAAGCAAAACAGCAGCGGCA